AUGUCUUUCAAGAAAAAACUUCCACUGCCACUUUUAAAGAAACUUGACAAAGCCCCAUCACCGCCGUCUCCACCGCCAGUACCUCCGUUACCAGACCCACCACCAACACCUCUCACUCCUCUUCCUACUCUAACUCUAACUCCAACUUCUCAACAAUCUCAUCUUUUCCACUUCCUCCAAACCCACUUCAAAAGUAAGCCCAUAACACCUCACAACCUACUCCAUUUCCUCAAAUCAAAACUCCAUUACCACCCUCUAUUUUCUCAUUAUGAUCUUUUAAUCUUCAAUUGGGCAUCGACCAUUGACUCAUUUCGCCAUGAUCAUUCAACUUUUGAGUGGAUGACUCGCACUCUUGCCAUUACCAACCGAUUCUUGGAACUCACUUCACUUCUAGCUUUUAUGUCGGCUAAUCCUUGUCCUUGUUCGACAGGUAUAUUUUCUUGUCCAAGAAUUGAACCCAUUUUUCAGUUUUCUAUUAAUGCCUAUUGUAAAGUUGGGAAAUUGGAUGAUGCAUUGGUUGCUUUUGAUACCAUGAAAAAACUGAUUGAUGGGAAACCUAGUGUUAAUGUUUAUAAUGUUUUGAUUAAUGGGUGUGUAAAAUGUGGAUUCCACGAUAAAGGUAUUAGUGUUUAUAAUAGGAUGCUAAAGGAUAGAGUUAAGCCUGACGUUUUUACUUUUAAUAUCUUAAUUAGUAGUUAUUGUAAGAACAAUAUGUUCGGCUCGGCUUUGGAGUUGUUUAAGGAAAUGAGGGAAAAAGGGUGUUCUCCAAAUGUUGUUAGUUUUAAUACUUUGAUUAAAGGGUUUUUUAGAGAAAGGAAGUUUGAUGAGGGGGUUAAGAUGGCAUAUGAGAUGAUUGAUUUAGGUUGUCAGUUUUCAAGUGUGACUUGUGAGAUUUUGGUUGAUGGACUUUCUAGGGAAAAUAAAGUAUUGGAAGCUUGUAAUUUAUUGAUUGAUUUUUCAAGAAAAGGGAUUUUGCCUUGCAAAUUUGAUUUCUGUGGACUUGUGGAUAAGCUUUGUGAGAAAAAAAAUGUAGAUGCAGCUUUGUAUUUGUUGGAUGAGUUGUGGAGGAAUGGAAAUGUUCCAAGCUUGAUUUCUUGUACCACGCUGAUAGAAGGUUUGAGGAAAAUGGGGAAAAGAGAAGAGUCAUUUAAGUUGAUGGAGAGGAUGUUGAAAGAGAAUAUUGUUUCAGAUAUUGUGACCUUUAAUUGUCUCCUUCAAGAUCUUUGCAAUGUGGGAAGGACAGUUGAUGCUGACAAAUUGAGAUUAUUGGCUUCUAGCAAAGGUUUGGAAGCAGAUGACAUGACAUACUACACUUUGGUAAAUGGGUAUACGAGAGAGGGCAAAUGGAAGGAAGGGGAAGUUUUGGUGGAUGAAAUGUUGGAUAAGGAAUUUAUACCUGAUCUUGCUACAUACAAUAGGUUAAUGGAUGGGCUUUGUAAAUCUAGAAGUUCCUCAACACAGCAUUUUACAUGUGUUAGGAGGUGAAUGCAUAUGUGAUUUUAAUUUGGAGCCAAUCAUUUUGUAGAACGGGCUUACAUUGAGAUUAAUGCAGUUCAUUAAUACGUUGAUGAUAUGGGUUAACAGGUGGAUGAUAGUUUAGGGGCUGUUGCCCCCGUAAAUGAGAUGCGAACAGAAGUAAUUGCCAAGUUCAAUUGAACUACUUUGAUCGAAGAUUUGCUUUCUUGUGUUGAACAAGAAAGGAAAGGGUUCAGAAAGUGAAAAUUAACUGAGUUUAAGCUAGGAUGGGUGCUCAUGAUGGUCUUUCAAAUGGUAUAGAAUUGCCAAGAAAGUCAGGAGAAGGACAUCUACUCUGCAAAGAAGGUGUAGAAAGGUGUAGGGUGGAAAGGAAGACGAAAACCAGGCAGUACAGUAGAAGUGAGAAGAAGAGAGCAGCUGAGGUUUCAAGGUUUGGAUGGAUUGAGGAUUUGCCAGAGUCUUAUAAUUCAAAUCAUUGGUGAUUGACUCAAUAUUUAUAUAUUGUACCUGGAAUUCAACUCAACUGCAAAAUGUUGGACUGUAUAUUAUGUUAAAUAAUGCUAUAAUAUGUUACUCUUGCGGAA